AUGAAUGACUGUUUCAGAUGCCCAGAAGACCACUAUCCAAACAGGAACAAAAAUGGAUGCAUCUCCAAAACAAUCACCUUUCUUUCUUAUGAAGAACCAUUGGGGAUCAGCUUAGCCUCAAUUGCUCUUUCUUUCUCCAUUGUCACAACUUUAGUGUUAUUAGCUUUUGUGAAACACAGAGAUACCCCAAUUGUCAAAGCCAACAACCGAGAUCUCACCUACACUCUCCUCAUCUCUCUUCUGCUCUGCUUUCAAUCUACUUUGCUAUUCAUUGGCAAACCAGGGGAAAUGGCUUGCUUUCUCAGACAACCUGCUUUUGGCAUCAUCUUCUCCAUGGCUGUUUCUUGUGUGUUGGCCAAAACUAUUACCGUAGUUGUAGCUUUCAUGGCCACCAAACCAGGGUCGAGACUGAGGAAGUGGGUGGGGAAAAGAUUGGCCAACUUCAUUGUCCUUUCCUGCUCCUUCAUUCAAGCAGGUCUUUGCACUCUCUGGUUGGCCACUAGUCCUCCAUUCCCAGAUUUAGACAUGCACUCACUAAUGAAAGAAAUCACUGUGCAAUGCAAUGAAGGGUCUGUGACCCUUUUUUCUUGUGCCCUGGGCUACUUGGGCCUCCUGGCUUUCUUCAGUUUCCUGUCAGCAUUCCUGGCCCGCAAAUUACCUGACAGUUUCAAUGAAGCCAAGUUCAUUACUUUCAGUAUGUUACUGUUUUGCAGUGUUUGGCUGUGCUUUAUCCCUACCUACCUGAGCACCAAAGGGAAAUACAUGGUGAUGGUGGAGAUCUUCUCCAUCUUGGCCUCCAGUGCUGGGUUACUGAGCUGCAUCUUUGCCCCGAAAUGCUACAUUAUCAUUCUGCGGCCUGAGCUCAACAACAAAGAACAACUAAUAAGGAGAAAGAAUUAA